CGAGCGCAAACACCAACAAAAAUAAUAUCACAACUCCACCAUGGGUAAGACGGCCCAUACUUCAUAUGCAAACAGCUACUAAUAUCCAAAUAGCAAACUACGGUUACACAGGCGCAAACUAUUCGACGACUUCUUAUGGCGGCCAAGGAGGCAAUGAUGGCGGGGGAUUCAUGAGCGGCUCACAGCAAGGGAGUCAGGAUAGUCCAGGACAAAAGGUCUGCUGCAGUUUCUGCAUACGUACAGAAUUCACAACUGACAGGACUUUCUGUAGUCAUAUGGAUCGGAGACUUUGAGAGCGGUAACGAUCAAGCAAAUUAUUGAGUCGUAGGUUUUUUUUAUACCCCGCCUCCAGGCGGCAUUUCUUCGUACUGAUUUUGACAUAGCACACAAGCCCACGCAGAUGCAGAAUUCAAAAUUGAUGGCGCAGAGGUACAUCAGGUAUGUUAUGCCUGCACCAAUUCUUUUCCAUGCCUGUUCUAAUCGGAACCUCAGAUUACCUUCGUCGGCCAAGUCAACAGCGUAAACCAAAGAGCCGCCAACAUCCUCUGGAAAGUCGACGAUGGAACUGGCAUAACUGAAGUAACGCAAUGGCUUAACAGCGACAUGGAUUCCGGCGAUGUCCAACUGGUUGCCAACGAGGGAGACUACAUUCGCGUGUUUGGCCGCAUGAAGUCUUUCGCCAAUAAACGCACUGUCGCCUCCAAUUCGAUACGAAAGGUUGACGAUUACAAUGAAGUUAGCUGUCAUCUUCUCGAGGCUACAGCCAUGCAUCUAUAUUUCACAAGAGGUCCACCAGAGAGUGAAGGAGGAGUGAAGGCGGAGCAGGGAACGGGAAUGUUCGUGGAUAGCUAUGGUGGUAACAAUGCUGCGGUCUCAGGAGGUGGCGGCAAGAAGUUACCCGCCAAGACUAGCAUGGUUGGUAGGAGAGUUUUCGAGUUACUUCAGAACUCUCCCCAGAAUAACGAGGGUAUGCAUGUUCAUCAUAUUGCGAACCAACUGGGUAUACAGCCGAAUGAUGUGUUCAAGGCUGGUGAUGAACUGCUGGGAGAGGGCUUAAUUUACACGACUGUUGAUGACGAGACUUGGGCUGUGCUCGAGUAUUAG